CCUCGGUAUCAUAACUCACACCACCUCUCCUAUAAUCACGAACCAUCCCCCUUGUGCUGUGACUCAUGCUCCAUGAACCACGCCCGCUGCACACACCUCGAGUACCAUCCAUAGGCACGGAUGAAGGCUUUCCUGGCUAAUUGGCAGCAGGGUUCAUUCAGUCGUGACAGGUCCUCCUCGCCAGAAGAAAACACCAGUGCGGGAGAUGGAGCCGCCGUUCGCACCAAAGCCACAAGGAAGUCUGCUCCUGCACCAUACCCAGAUCGGAAAGCGUCUUUUCAGGGAGGCGCAGGCACUGACAAUACGACCUUCCCCGCCUGCGCCGUUUGCCUGGGACGCCACCAGCAUCGCGUUUUCUACUGCGACGCCAAAAGGACGUGGGAUCUCGCGCACGACACCAUCGUCAAGCGCAUCAAGAAACUUCUUGUCAUCACCGACGGCAAUCAUACCCUCUGCGCUGACUGGCAGCGAGUGGGAGGGUGCGCCAGCCACACACACGACGCUCGGCACCUCUGUUCCGGGUGCGGUCAACGCACACACGGCGCCCAGAGCUGCCCUCGAGCGCAACGCGCUUGAAACGCGCACGCCAUACCUCGCGCACGCCUGGGAGCGCGUUCGGUUCACGCUCCCUGUCGUGCGAGUCACCCAGGCACUAGCAAUUGUGCCACCCGCAGACGAAUCCAUCGCCGUCUUCCAGCAGCUCAUCGAGCGUGAAUCGGCCCAUGUUCGCAGCGCGAGGUCGGGCAAUACUUGGGUAACCGGUGAAUCGACAUCCAUAUAACGGUCGAGCCGCAACUCGCGGCUUCACCCCGGGGAUUAAAGCUCAACGUUCAACGUCAACCGUUACCCCGCAGGUUCAUUUUGGAUCGGGCCGGACUUGCUACCUAAACAACUACUCUUAUUCUCUUUGAUCGCGCGACGAGCUAAUUACAUUCGCUGGGAUGGUACUGCUAGUACUAUCGCUACUUACCAGCCUGUUCGGACGUAGUCACGUCCAGAAAUUGUCUUGAGCCAUUAUC